AUGCUCUCCGAACUCCUCUCCCUCGCCCAAGGGCCCUAUGCCCUGCCCAUCUUGGGUCUCUCCCUCGUUGCCUACCUCCUGAUCUCCACCAUCCUCACCUACCGCCGUCUCUCCCACUUCCCCGGUCCAAUCCUCGCCCAGUUCUCCCCCCUCUUCAUGCUAAAAAUAUGGUUCUCCGGCCACCACUCCGACGGCUACAGCCGCCUCAACCAGGAAUACCAAUCCACCCUUGUACGCAUCGGCCCAACAGACCUCAUCACCGAUGACCCAGCCGUCAUCAAGCACAUGAACGGCGCCCGCUCCGCCUGGGGCCGAUCGAACUGGUACCGCGCCAUGACCCUCGACCCGCGCGGCGGCUCUUUGUUUGACGAGCCCGACACCAAAGUCCACGACGUAUUCAAGUCCCGGCUGUCCUUUGGCUACUCGGGCCGCGAGAACCCGUGCUUGGAAAGUGACGUUGACGAGGUCAUCGCCACAUUAAUCGGACACAUCCGCGAGCGAUACAUCUCGGAAGACGAGCGGGGCGUGUUCAAAAAAAUGGAUCUAGCGACUGUGAUGCAGUUCUUUACGCUAGACGUGAUCACGCGCAUUGCUUAUGGCAAAGAGUUCGGCUGGCUGGAGACGGACUCGGACCUGUUCGGGUGGAUGAGCACGGUGAAAAGGACGGUGCCGGCUAUCGGGCUGCUGGCGGAAAUUCCUGUACUAAGGAAAAUCUUUAUGAGCGGGUGGUUCUUGUCGUUGUUUGGGCCGAAGCAUAGCGACAAGGACGGGAUGGGAAGGGUGAUGGGUGUGGCGAGGGAGGUUGUGGCACGCAGGUUUGGCGAGAAGGCGGAGGACAGGAAGGAUAUGUUGGGCAGCUUUGUCAGACAUGGCAUUGAUCAGCAGGCGUGCGAGGUCGAGGUGCUUUUUCAGAUUGGGGCUGGGUCGGAUACUACCACGGUGGCGAUUAGGUCGACCAUGUUCCACCUGGCGACGAGCAAGAUGGCGUAUGUGCGCUUGCAGGAGGAGAUUGACAGGGCGAUUGCACAAGGGAAGGUUUCUAGUCCAGUGAAAGCCGAGGAGGGGAAGCAGUUGGAGUACUUGCAGGCAUGCAUCUACGAAGGACUGCGCAUGCAACCGCCUUUCUCGGGCUUGUGCAUGAAAUCGCCUCCCAAAGGCGGAGACACUAUCAACGGCAUGUUCAUUCCCGAAGGCACUCGCGUCGGCCAAAACUUCGGCGGUCUGAUCCGGAGGAAGGAUGUCUUUGGUGACGACGCCGAGAUCUUCCGCCCGGAGAGAUGGUUGAAUGCCACCCCGGCCAAAAGGUUGGAGAUGCAGCAGGUCACCGAGAUGGUGUUUGGCUAUGGCCGGUGGGCGUGUUUGGGGAAGCCCGUUGCCUUGAUGGAGCUCAGCAAGGUGUUUGUCGAGUUUUUCCGUCGCUUCGAUCUCCAACUCGUCGAGCCCAAGAACCCGUGGCACGAAUUCAACGUCAACAUCGUCUGCCAGUCCAACUUGUGGGUCAAGGUCACGGAGCGGUUCCCAGAGGGAGAGAAGGCCUAA